GGUUAUUUUUUUGUUAUAAAUUCGGAGGAAUUUGAAAAUUAAAAAUAAAAAAUUACUUUAAAAAAAAUAAAAAUUGAAAUGAAUAUAACAAACUUUGACAUAUUUUCAACUUCCUUUUAAUUUAAUUUAGGUAAAUAAAGAUUAAGAAAGAGAACUCUUGUUGGAGCCUUCUUGUCUGUCUCUGUCAUUUUGAUUGCUCUUUCAUACUUCUUAUACUUACUUUAUCAGUAUCUGAAUAAUUUAAUUGACCCUAAGUUUAGAGCAUAAAGCUUUAUCACAGAAAGUGAUAUAGAUAUGGACUUUCGAAAUGAUCUUGUUGGGUUCAACUUUUGGCCAAAAUAAUAUCUCAGCUUAGAUACUGUGUAAGCUUAGCAAAAUAAAACAUACUUGGUCUUUUAGGUAUAUUUAUAAAUUAUCAACAAUACUGAUUAUUCAGUGGUUAAAUUAGACACCUAUGAAUGCCCGGGAUAAUAAUUAAGUGGAUUUAAUUGUAUUGACUUUUCUAAGGUUUAAAACUACACUUUAUCUUUUCGUGCUCAAAGUAAUUAUCGCUGUAAUUUAGUUAUCCUUGGAUAUAAAUGCUAAGAUACAGAUGCUUGGAAGACAACUGUACCUGAUAACUGUGCAAGUCCUGAAGAAAUAGAAUCUCUUGUCACAUACCCUUAAGCUGAUUUUAAUCUAAAGUUAUUGUCAUCUCAGUACAAUACUUCAUCAAACUAGAUAUAAGUAAAUUAUAGAAAUAAUUAUAUUCGUUUAUCACCAACUAUGUUCAGCUUAAAAACAUAUAAGACAUAAAAAUAAAUCACUACAAUAAAAUAAGGAGCUGUUAUUUAGAAAGAAAGUUCUUUCUCUUCUCCUAUUUCAUAUACUUCAGACACUUAGACACAAGAUCUAAAAACUCUCUAAGCAUAAACAGGUUUAGGAGUAUUUAUGUAAGCAACGAUUGAAGUAGAUGAAAUUGUUUAGCAUUUUACAAUUGAAUACCCAACAAUACCUGAAAUUUUAGCUCUUUGUAAUAGUACGUUAGCAGUCUUGAUGUGUGUUGGUUUUAUUGGAAGAUACUUUUCAGAGUAGCUAAUUAGAGAGGAUUUUUUCAUUUUUUACUUACAGAAUAUGUAUUAACAAACAUAUUAAAAAAUUUUGAAGUUAAAUAAGUUAUUUUAAUGUAACAAGGAAGCCUAGAAAGGCGAAAAAAUAGAAAAUGUUUAAUUGCAACUGUAAUAAAAACCCAAUGAUAAUAAAGAAAACAUAGAGGAAUAAAUAUAGAAUGAUCAAUGCUAAGCUAACUUUGUUCCUUCAAUAAUAACAAAAUCUUCUAGAAAAUCUGUUUUCUCCUCAGAUUCUUAAAUAUUUUAGUUAAAUGUAAACUGUAAAUACACUGAUUGUGACUAAAAGGAUUAAAUUAUAGAAAACACAUAAUAAAACAUUAAAGAGUAGAAAAUCUAAACAAAUCAAAAUAAUAUUCUGCUUUAAGAAUAAAUGAUUGGCUCUUAAAAAUCUGAGGAUCUCUAAAAAUUAGAAAGAGAUUAGUCUCAAUAAAUUGAAACUAAAUUUUUAGAAACAGUAAUUAAUUCACCAAAAUCACUUAUUAAUAAUACAUAAAAUAGCGAUAUUUAUCCUAGACAGUUGAAUUUCGAUUAAAGAAAAAUGAUUACUUAAAAAAAAUCAUUUUAAUUUAAAGAAUAAAACAUUUCUCCAAAAGAAAUUUGUGAAUUAAAUGCUAAAAAAGAGAAAAAUGUAAAAAAUAAUUACAUAAACUUAAUUACUUAAUCAAUAAAAGCAGUUCAUAACUAUCCUAUAUCAUAGAAAAUAAGAAAAAUUAUAUUUGGAAUAAGGAUUUGGAAAAAAAAUGAAUACAUUUAGAAUUCUGGGUUAGAUCCUAAAGCUAGAAAAAUAAUUAUUUAACAGAUAGAAAAAGGACUAGAUAUUUUCUAGCUUUAUUCAGAUAUUCUUUUCUUAAAAAAAGCAGUAAUGAUCCUUCUAAGUAAAGAUUAAUAUGCUGCAAUAAAAAUGAUUGGAUUUUCUGAUUUUUUUGCUUAGUAAGAAGCAAAUUCAGAUAUCACAAAACAUCAAUCAAAUUAAACAUCUAAAAAAUAUUCAACUAGUCACUUUGAAAAAUUGUUUUCAAUAUCAUAGUCUGAAGAGUUGCAAAUAAAAUAUUUGCAUGAAUUUAUAGAUAGAUAUCAUUAAAGCUCAGAUUUAAGUUAGGUAGAUCAGAGAAUAUUUUCUUCGUUAAAAUUAGCUGAAAUAAAUUGA